UGGAAGCUUUGAUACGCUCGAGGACUUUGCAAUCAAAACAGUCAAGGAUAUUGAAAAAGCAGGCAACGUCACUUUGGAAAACACAGUUAAUGGAGUUGUGAGCAGAAUACAAGAUGCGACUAAAGUCAACCAUUGAUGAAGUGAAAAGGGCAAUAAAUGCAGACAAAUUACUGACUGAUGCUGAAAACCUUGGAAUAGCUGCCUCAGACGUUUUGAGAGAUUUACAAAAUGCUUCCGAGACACUAGAGGUCAUAAAGGAACUCAAUAGAAAGAUAUCUGGCACACUAACUAGUGUUAAGACUGCUGUGAAUAGUACCUGUACUAGCGGUAACAUUCCUCUUAGCCCAUGUCCCAGUGUUAAUGUGGAUACUGGAACGGACUUCACUGGAAUUGACAGUUUAACCAACGAAAUUAACAAUAUGAAGGGAGCUCAAGGAAUUAUCAAUGAAACUCAAACGGCUAGAGCAGAAUUUAAUAAACUUCAGGCCAAUUUGACUGACGACAUAAACCAGGAAAUAAAUCGUUCUGUUGACCAAUCUAGGGAUAUAACACGACAGGUUUCUGGGAAGCUGAACACAGUCAAUGAAACUGUGCAGCCUUUUUUGGACUCCAUCAACAAUAAUGUGGAACCACAGCUACAAGACCUUGACACCUACCUCAAGGAAUAUGGAGAUUACUGGUGGUAUGCUGGUAUAGCCAUUCCAUGUGUUGUGAUAUUGAUAGUUAUAUUCUACUACAUUGGUAUCAUGUUCGGCACAUUUGGAGAUCGGCCAGGAGAUGGAGCUCAGUGCUGUAACAAGGGAGCUGGCAGUAACCUCCUUGUAUGUGGUGUGGUGUGGUCCUUUCUGUUUGCCUCCAUAUUUAUGUUGGUGGUACUGAUACUGUUUCUGGUGGGAGGGAGCAUGUAUGGUGUUAUGUGUCGUGAAUUCAACAAUGGAGUGGAAAAUAUCCAGCUUUAUGAACCAGUUGUUGAUGAGGUAUUAAAUAUCCGGAUUGGUAAACUACUGUAUGGAGACAAGGCCCCAGCCAACCUCACUCUGGGAAGCAUCCUCGACGACUGUAAGAAUAACAAGGCCCUGUACACAGCCGUCAAACUCAAACAUUUGUUUGAUUUGGAUUCUCUACUCAACACCUCUGCAGUCACUGCACAGAUCAAUAGUGUGAUGACAGAUACACUACCUAACAUCGGUAAUAUCGCCAUAAUACCACAAGGAUUACAGAAUGAACUUAAUGGGUUCUCCGCCUCUGGUGUGGACACCAUCAACUUCACCCAGUACAUGACCCAGCUCAACAAGGCUAUCACUACGUCACCAUUGAAUGAUUCUAUUUCCGAACUUACUACUGCAGCAGCUGCAAUUGAAACAAAUAACCAAGCUGCAGGAGAAAGCCUGAGGAAUCAGUCUACAAUCCUACAGGCUUUGGAGAAUGAGGAAGUAGCCAAUCUAACUCUUCAGUUUAACCAGCUGAGGACAGUGGUACAACAUUUAGAGACUUUUUCAAACAUAAAGAAUCAGACAACAGACCUCAUUAAUGGACUUAAUCAAGCCCAGACGGAUUUCAAUAAUAACAGCACUACCAUUGUUAGAGAGACAUUACAGGAUGUGACCAGAAACAUUUCAUUGUAUGUGGAGAAUGAGAUAAAUGGAGUGAAGAGUAGGAUUGAGAAUGGCAUUGGGAAUUGCAGGCCAUUGUAUGAUGCCACCCAGCAGGCUUCUGAUUCCUUCUGUCUCAUAACACUUGACCCACUUAAUGGUUUCUGGUUUGGUCUUGGCUGGGCCAUAUCAGGCUUCAUCUUCUGUAUUAUCUUUGCCCUGUGUCUAGCCAGUCUGUAUCAGCGAGAGGAAUCCUAUGACAAGCUGUUAGACAUGAGUAGGAAAAAGGCAAGCCGUACCCAGGACCUUGACAGUCCAGAUAUGGAGAUGUACCAGGGCCAGGCGGGCUACAACGCGUACGGUCAUCAGGACAACGUGCCAUUGACCAGCAUGGAGGCAGGUAAUCAGAAGGGUGGUCGAAGCAGGGGCGUGCCAAACGCGGCCUACGACAAUGGGCAGCAGCAGGAUCCUUACUUACGUAAUGGUGAGGGUGGCUACCACUAUCACGGUUCCGACCGCCCCCCCUCAUACCACGAAAGUGGCCAAUACCCUAUGCAUGGUGGCUAUCCAGUGUUGCCACAGCAGCAAAAGUAUUACUAAUGCCACACAAAGCCCCUGGUAGCAAGAAGAGAAAACAGUACUACUAGCUUAUCUUAUAUGGAGUGAUAUACAGUAGUCCAAAGAUUUCAAAUGCCAAAAUAUUUUUGUGGCAAUGUGUUUGAAGAUUUUUAGUGAUUGCUAUUUUCUGUUGUUUUGUGUAUCAUUUUUAUGUAGCCAAAGAAAUGAAUUUUUUGUAUCUACAAUCCAGGACUAUUGGUCCUCUUCAGGGCUUGGUGUUGUAACCCUUCCUGAUAUGGACAUUCUUAUGGGGUUAAUUGAUAUGGACAAGGACUUAUGAGAUAAUGUUGAUCAGAAGACUGUAGUACAGAAUUAAAAUAAUUAUUCCAGACAAGACUAGAAACGGAUGGCAGUAAUCUUGGCAACCUAUAAUAUUCAAAUGGAGGUAAUUAUUUGAUAAUGACAUUUAAUAAUCGUUUAAAGCUUAUGUCAUUGGUUCAAGGUGAUAACUUGGGAUUUCUGUUAUAUAUAUUCUACAUAUGUGUUCCGACUGAAUGUAAUAGCUUUACCUGUACAGAUAAGUGGUAUGACACUGUAACAUUUUAUGUUGUUAUAGGUUACCUUUGAUAUGUAAAUGGGGAUUUUCCCAGAUAUGAUAUUAAUAAACAUUCCAGUUACAUACAUUCCAAAUGCCUGAAAUUUUUUCAAUAAUUUUCUAUUUUUUCCCUCUAUUAAGAUUGAGGAAUUUGGUUUUCACAUUUCAUUCCAGUACAUUUUGAAAUUGUGCUUAAUAGCUUCCAAUUUUUUUUUUUUUGGGGGGGG